CCCAGUAUGCAUUUCCUCCUCUAGUUUUUUUUUUUUUUUUUUUCUCAGUCCCAGCCACCCUCGGCCCUUGGUCUUCAUUCGAGCAUCGGCGCUGUCUGUAUUGACGACGAGCAGAGUAUCUUCUUGGCGGAGAAAUCAAACUUCAAGAUUUCUUUGACACUUUCCCCUCCAAGGUUUGGUAAGCACCUGUCAUCGCUGAAUUACAGAACUACAAAGUGCCGAGUUUCGACCGCUGCAGAAGAUGGAGGAUGCUCUUUUGGCGGUGUGGCACGAAGAGAUAAGUCCUGAAUAAUUAAUCUGUUGUUGUGUAUUGACCAAAAGGCAAUUUGGGGCUGCUCUCAGCGCUGCGGCCGCCUGAGGAGAGUGGCGAGCAAUGGAAGUUAUAUUUGUCGCGCCAUCAGCCGACAUCGACCGCCCAGCCGGCCGGCCGUCCUCAGUGGCGGGUCCGGGCACUGAGCCAUUUUGCCGGCGCGAUGACGAGCCUUCUCCACCUGUUCUGGUUCUCAACAAUUUAAAGCCACAUUCUGAGCAAAUAAAUACAGCUUUCAAGCCAGUGUCAUCCUCAUUAGCAUUCUGCCACCUAGCUCCGCCCCACCACCGUGGCGCGAGGGCGGGGACGGCAGACGGCGCUGGCUUCAUAAGGGGCGGCGGCCCCUCCCUCCCGUCCCUGUGACUCGUGGCGCGCGCCGCAUCAGCCCCGCCUUGCUGCCGUCCUCACAUCUCCUCCUCCUCCUCACCAGCGAGUCAUCAGCCCUGCCUCCAGCCGCCAUGUCCAGCGGAAGAACGCCGCCGAAAAGUGAUCGUCUGUUGGACAUUCCGUGCAAAGUAUGUGGAGAUCGAAGUUCAGGCAAGCACUACGGCAUCUACAGCUGUGACGGCUGCUCCGGCUUCUUCAAGCGCAGCAUUCACAAGAGUCGUGUGUACACCUGCAAGGCACAGGGGGAGCUGAAAGGUCGUUGUCCCAUCGACAAGACCCACCGCAACCAGUGCCGCGCCUGCCGCCUGGCCCGCUGCUUCCAGGUGGACAUGAAUAAGGACGCUGUUCAGCACGAACGUGGCCCGAGGAAACCUAAAGUGAAGAUGGGGGAGGGAAUCCCCCAUGGACCUAACAGUGGGAGGGCGCUGUUCCCAGGGGCUGUUACCCUACAAGUUUCCUGCACCCGUCCCCGACACCGCGCCCCCUCCCGACGGGAACGCCUUGGUCUUGAUGAGCUACGUGCCCGCCUGGACCGACAUCGUGCGUAUACAGACGCCGUCCGCCUUUGCGCCGCCAGCCUGGUGCAGCAGGACGUGUUCCAGGAGGUGAUGGCGCGCCUGCUCUUCACGAUCGUCACCUGGGUGCGACAGGUGCCCGCCUUCCUCGUCCUGCCGCAGGCAGACCAGACAUCACUACUGACCUCGGCGUGGAAGGAGCUGUUUCUUCUGGGCCUCGUACAAUGGGGUUUGUCCCUGGAGGCGGCGGCACGCAUGGUGGAUACCUGUCGCUCUCUUUCUCGUGAAGAACGCGAAAAACUGGGCGACAUCAUGACCCGCCUGCGUCAACUCAACCUUGACCCCACAGAGUUCACCUGUCUUAAAGCAAUUCUUCUCUUUGGUGCAGAUGUCCGGACGCUGACAGAGCGGAAGCAGGUGGAGGCGCUGCAGGAGCAGGCGCAGCUGAUGCUGACGGAGCACGUGCAGCUCGUGCAUCCCCGCCAGGCAGUACGUGUGGGUCGCCUGCUGCUGCUGCCAGCCAAACUGCAGGCCAUCCCCAGCGGCAUCGUCGAGCGCACCUUCUUCCGGGGGCUGGUGGGCGCAGCCUCCAUUCCCAAGCUGAUCGCCAACAUCCUGCACUCAGACAUCGUGUGAAGUGGCUCAUCGGCUGAAGGUAUUAGCCAAAAGACAAAACUGAGCUCAUUUCACUAGUGGCCAGACAUGGUCGUCUGGGACGAGACACGUGUACGAGAUAACCUCAACUGUUAUUCCACCAUCCUCAGUUCUUGUUUCGUCGCCUCUGCCAGCAGUAAAAGCUACUGUCAUGUUGUCACAUGUCCAUGGUGACAGACAAGGGGAUACGGAUUUUUGUGAAAUGUCAAGGAGUUACAGUGAAGUCACCCCUCCCACUUCCCCUUCUCAAAAGUCCAGGCACUCAUCACCUGUAGAUAUCACGGACAACCAUUACUUGUAGGUGACGAUAAGCUCCUGUAAACAUCACGUGACGACAAUCUCCUGUAGACACCAUAGGACAACUGUAUGAUAUGUAAGCAGCACAUAACGAUGUAGGUAUGACGUGAGGACCACCACACGUACCAGACCCCACAUCGGUGCCACUGUUGGAUGAUUCAUCAACUAGCGAGGAAGCCUGUACCUGUUGGUUAACACCAAACACUCUUCCGACCCUCCCCUACCCUUUCCUCUGUCAAGUGUUCCUCCACAAUCCGUUGCAAGAUUUUCCAAGCAUGUACCUUCACCCUCUCCACCAACCUGACCACAUUUAGCUCGGUAGGUUUGUAAGCAUUAAGUGUUUGUCAUUGUUCACUAAACUCUUAGCGUUUUUAAAUAUAUAAAUCUUUCGUCAGCUACAGAGACCCAUCUUUACCAUAAUAAGUGAUUUACGACUGUAACAAUGUUUGAUGAAAAGAAACUUUAGGUCUACGCAGCAGGAAGACAGCGGCGUUGAUGUUGAUGCUGAAGCAGAGUGUGGAUGUGUGAGUGUUGGUACAUCGCUCUGCGUGCAGCAUUGUUGGUUUUUUUUUUCUUUUUGAAACAAAAGAUUAUUCGUUAUGACAAAUAAAUUUUGCCAAUUUGAUGGCUUUCUGAAAAAAAUGCUCUCAUGUAUAAAGCGUUCACAUUUUUGUGACACGUGACAUUACUGGUUGGUUGGUUGGUUGGUUGGUUGGUUUAGUAGGAAAAUACUUCCACCUGGAGGCAAUAUCGCACCAUGAGAGAGAGGGAUGAUAGAGAGGGGAUAACACCCGGGUACCCAGAGAAAACUCCCGAUAGCUAGCCCUGCGAACAGGUGUCGCAUAGUGUUCCGAGAUGAGAUCCGAACCAACAUCUGUACAUUCCUGGUGACAACUGAAUGUCAGCCGCUAUACUAUCGGGCGCCCCAAUAUGACAGUGCCCUCCUCCAA